GCCCUGGCUCAGUCUCAAUGGGGGCACUGGGGCUGGAAGGCUGGGGGAGGAGGCCCCGGGGGAAGGGCUGCCUCCUGCUGGCUGUGGCAGGAACCACUUCCCUGGUGACUUUACUGCUGGCUGUGCCUAUCACUGUCCUGGCUGUGCUGGCUGUGGUGUCCCAGAAGCAAGGAGGACUGGUAACGGAGACCACUGACCCAGGGGCACGAGCAAAGGCCCAGCAGCGACUGGGGUCCCAGGAGCUGUCUGAGCAGGAAGCAGAAACAGAUCCCAGCCUCAGGCUCCCAGCUGCUCACCUCAUAGGCGCCUGGACGCAGGGACAGGGUCUGGGCUGGGAGACGGAGAAAGAAGAGGCGUUUCUGAGGAGCGGGGCGCAGUUCUCCAGCACCGACGGGCUGGCCCUCCCGCGGGACGGCCUCUAUUACCUCUACUGCCAGGUCGGCUACCGAGGCCGGGCGCCCCCUGCGGACCGGGACCCCGUCGACCGCUCGGUCACGCUGCGCAGCCGGCUGUACCGGGCGCGGGGCGCCUACGGACCCCACAGGACUCCGGAGCUGCUGCUCGAGGGCGUGGAGACUGUGAGCCCAGCCUUGGACCGGACCCGGAAGCUCUGGUACACGAGCGUGGGGGUCGGCGGCCUGGUGCAGCUCCAGAGGGGCGAGAGGGUGUACGUGAACAUCAGCCACCCCGACAUGGUGGACUACAGGAGAGGGAAGACUUUCUUUGGGGCUGUGAUGGUGGGGUGAUGAUGGCAGCCCUGCAGCGUGGGAGUGGGUCUGUCAGCCCAGCUGUUGGGGACCCAGACACCAGGGACCCCGUGGCAGGGGUGAAAGGCAGGACGCUGUUUGGAAACUGAUUUUGAUCCUGAUGAAAAUAAAGAAUGUUAAGCUUUA